GGCCGACAGUCUGUUUAUGCGUUUUCCCGCCCUGUGCGUCAUUGGCUGCCUGACUGAUUGAUCUCAGUUAGCAAUGGGAGCUUACAUCAGCUGGCGGCAGAGGCUUUGACAGGAAGGAUUUGGCUGCUCUGGAGUCCAGUUGGCAGAUAUGGUGAGGCAUGGCGUGAUGUCGGAGCUGCAGACCAUCCAGCAGCCUCACCAGGGUAACCCCCUGGCUGGGGGCCAAGUAGGACAAACCUGUGCGAGAAUCCAGAACAAUGGGAACAUCACGGAAGAACCGCAGCCCCUCUCGCAGGGUACAGCAGAGAUUGAGAAAAGUCAGCCGGUGAACAUCCCGGAUUUUUCCAAAAGGAGAAAGAAGAAACGGACUAGAGCAACCGACAGCUUCACAGGCACCUUUAAUGAUCUGUACAAACUGACAGAUGAGGUGCUUGGUCAGGGGGCUUAUGCUAAAGUUCAAGGAUGUGUGAGCCUGCAAAAUGGACAGGAGUUUGCUGUGAAAAUCAUAGAAAAGGCCGCAGGGCACAGCCGAAGCAGAGUAUUUCGAGAGGUGGAGACUCUCUAUCAGUGUCAAGGAAACAAGAACAUCUUGGAACUGAUCCAAUUCUUUGAAGACAGCUCGUACUUUUACUUGGUGUUUGAAAAGCUGCGUGGAGGCUCCAUUCUUACACACAUCCAGAACCGAAAGCACUUCAACGAACUGGAGGCCAGCAAGGUGGUCCGGGACAUUGCGCAAGCCUUGGACUUUCUGCACACAAAGGGAAUUGCUCACAGGGACCUCAAGCUGGAAAACAUCCUGUGCGAAUACACAGACCGGGUGUCGCCAGUAAAAAUCUGCGACUUUGAUCUGGGAAGCGGCGUAAAGCUCAGCAGCGCCUGUACUCCCAUAACGACGCCAGAGCUCACCACGCCGUGCGGCUCAGCGGAGUACAUGGCUCCAGAAGUAGUGGAGGCGUUCACCGACGAGGCCUCCUUCUACGACAAGCGCUGCGACCUGUGGAGCCUCGGCGUCAUCCUCUACAUCCUGCUGAGUGGAAGCCCCCCCUUCACAGGCCACUGUGGCACCGACUGCGGGUGGGAUCGGGGGGAAGCAUGCAGAGCGUGCCAGAGUUUCCUGUUUGAGAGCAUCCAGGAGGGCAAGUACGAGUUUCCAGACAAGGACUGGGCUCACAUCACAGACGGAGCCAAGGAUCUCAUAUCGAAGCUGCUGGUUCGGGACUCCACUCUGCGCCUCAGCGCUGCUCAGGUCCUGCAGCAUCCUUGGCUACAGGGGAAUGCACCAGAGAGAGGUCUUCCAACUCCUCGUGUCCUACAGAGGAACAGCAGCACCAAGGACUUGACCCAGUUUGCAGCAGAAGCCAUCGCCUUUAACCGGCAGCUCUCCCAGCACGACGAGCAGCAGGAGGACUCGGCGUCCAUCGUCUGCUCCAUGAGGCUGUCCCCUCCUUCCAAUUCCCGGCUGGCCCGCAGACGGGCCCAGUCCAACGCUCUGCGCAGCGGGCACUUCUCUCCUGUUUCUGAUGACCUAGCAGCCUGAGCCACCAGCACAGCUUCCCUCCUGGUUGUCUUCGCUAACCAAUAUCAGAUUCUACCAGCUCUUUCAUUUUUUUUGUUUUGUUUUGUUUUGUUUUGUUUUGUCUUUUGCACAGGGAGUCUCAUUGGAGCACUCACGUGGCAUCAGAGUUGACUAACUUUACAUGCAACACUUUUUUUUAAGCUGCCUAGGUUUUAAACUCCCGAGAUCACUUUUCGCUUUAAAAAAAAAAGUAUUUCUUAAGCUUUACCGAUGUAUUUAUUGGUAAUUCUCAACCAAAAAGCCAACAACAAAACCUCUGUUGUUGCCAGCAGAUAAAUCUAGGACAUAUAAUUAGCAGAACAGCGUUUUAGAGGUGCAGCCGUUUACUGUCCUCAUGUGAAAAUCAUUUUGUUUUUGCUGAUUUUAUUUCUCUCUUCUUUUUUUUAUUAGCUGUGAAUUAUUCAGUAUUUUGAUUUUACUAUUAAGCUUCAGAAAAGGGAUGAUUUGUGCUUCUUAAAGCCCGUAUGUGGAUGUGAUUGGAUGUUUGUGUUUAUGUUUGAAGGAUAGAAGUGGACGACUCUUGGAGAAACCUGGAGCUUUUUAUUCAUAUUACCAGUUAAAGUCAUUAUGUGUUAAUUGCAUGAGUGUGAUUUUCAGGUGCUUGAAUUAAGGAUCUUUUCACUGCAACACAACCUACCUGUAGCACUGCUGUACUUUAAAAUGAACGUAGUUUGAGUGAAUGCAAGAGAAGCCCAUUGGUGCCACUUCAAAGAAAACUGAACUCAUAGUCGCUGUUUAUGAGCGUUAAAGUUAUAACUGUGAGGUAAUAAUUAUCAUUAAAUGCAAUGUAUAUUUAAAGUCAAAUCAAUUAAAUAUACAUUAAAAAAGGUAACUAUUUUGAGAUAAA